AUGGCUCAGUACGAAUUCGAAAAUGGCGUCAACGACUGUUUGAAAAAGCUCGAAGCUCCUCUUUCUAAAGGGCCGGUCCCACGCUGGCAAAGGAAAGAGAGGGAAAGGAUUUUAGCUUCAACCGGAAAACCUUUAUCGCCGCUUCAAACCACUUCUCGCAACCAUGUGAACUCGAAGUUAUCGUCAAAAACUCAAACUCACACUCCGGGCAAAAGAGCAAAGACUCCAACGAAGACUCCUCAAAAGUCACCGAAAAAAUUUGGUCUGUCUCCUCGUGGUGACCGUUUUAUUCCUUCCAGGCCGCUUGUCGACUGUGAAUGGAGUCAUUUUCAAAUUAUGCAAGGAACGGACUCGGGCGAGGCGAACUGUGAGAUGGAAGUCGAAGGAAACUCGCAGUACUACUCAAAUAUGGCAGAGAAUUUGCAAAGCAGCUCAAGUAAUGGCAAGAUUCUACAUUUCAAGUCUGGAGCACCUGUGGCGAGGGAAGGUAGCGUGAUUGGCCGUUAUUCUUCGAUAUCCUCUUUCCUUUAAAUCCUUACACUCCAAGAUUUUAAUAUGAAUUUUCCAGACUGCUCCGAGAAUAACAAUUGCCCCUUAACCCUUUGACCCAUAAGAGUGUCUAGAAUUUGAUUUCUCCUUGCAAUAUCACCCCAGAAUCACACAUUAAGGUCACGAGACUAAAGGAAACGAUCACCUACUUUUGAAACUCUUGAUUGUUAAACAAAUUCUCCUUGUCAGUACCCUAAUAGAUGUAUAGAGAGCAGUAUGGAGAACUUACAUGAACUGAUGUUAGGGUGGGAAGGGUUGAUAAUAGUUUUCUUCAUUCUCUUACUUUCCUGCUUUAAAGUGUAUUCAGAUAUGGUCAUGGGAAAUUCCUUGUUGGUCACUUGUGGAAGUUAAAGGAUUAAUUGACUGGCUAUGAUUGCAAAAUAAAUCAAGAAAUGGGUAUAAGAUAAUUAAAUAAGUGAUAGUAAUGAUGAUGAUGUAAUUAAAUAGUACUAAAAUUUCAACUUUCACUGGAAUGUUCUAUAACAAUUCAUUUUACAGAUACAACCAAGAACCUGCAGAGGUUUCUUAACCCUUUACACCCUCAUAUCAGUAUGUAUAUUCUCCAUACUGUUCUCUUUACAUUUCCCAAGGUGCUGACAAGGAGAAUUUGUUGAGUAGUCAAGAGCUUCCUUAUUUGGUGAUCAUAUCCUUUAUUCUCAUGACCCUAAUGUUGUUUUUCAGGGGUGAUAUUGUAAGGAGAAUUUAGAUGCUAGUCACUCUUAGGGAUCAAAGGGUUAAUCAAUGGCUAAUAUUCUGUGUAUUUCCUUUAAAACUGAUGCAAAAUUUGAAUUGUAUGUUUACAAUAUUUAAUUAUUUUGGUGCAAUAUUGUAAUUUGUUUUUAGGACAUCAGAAUCAAUUAAGAGUGUUGUACUGUCAAAGCAAACCUGCUGCACCAAAAGCUAAGUCAACAAGACACAUCCCACAGGCUGAAGAUAGGAUUCUAGAUGCACCUGAACUUUUGGAUGAUUAUUGUAAGUAAAAGAUUUUGACAAUAAAUGGUGGAAGUGUUUGAUAUCAUCAAGUGCACUGAUUUCAAUCAGAGCCAUCUUAACUUUUACAGGAAAUUGUAAAAUAAAUUCAAAAGAAUUUGUUCUCGGACCGUGUUCAGGCCUAUGGAUUGUAUAAUUGUUUACAAUUUUUCCCUAGAUCUUAGUCCCAGGUUCCUUAACCCUUUAAUUCCCAAGAUCUGAUUGCUAAUUUUCUCCCCUAGCUGCUACACAUUUCCUUGUAAGUUAGUUACAGGAAGUGGGUUUCAGAUCAAGGUAACAACUUAUACCUGAUAAGUUCGAGUAUUCUCACUGCAUUUGCACAGUAAUGUAUGGAUAUUAUAGGGAGAAUUUACAUGUUAAUCACUUCUGAGAGUUAAAGGGUUAAGUGGGACAAGUAAUUACCCAAAUUUGUUUUUUAUGCUCUUAACCGGUGAUUUUGCAGCUAUUAUUUGAGAAGCAUAGGUUCAAAAGAUGCAAAGCCUAAAAUAAAUUUAGCCUCUGUUUUCUACAAUUUCUUUGAUUAUUAAUCAAUUUUAAGGAUAAUUUUGUUAUUUGGAGGGCAAUACAAUUUAUUUUAUUUGUUUGUGAUCAGAUCUAAACCUGUUAGACUGGGGCUCAAUAAACCAGCUUGCCCUUGCAUUGUCUGGUGCAGUUUACACAUGGAAUCCCAGUACUGGUGAGACCCAGCAUUUGUUUCAGUUGGAAGGCGAAGAUUACAUUUCCAGUGUCAGUUGGAUUGAUCAGGGUAGUAUUCUUGCUGUUGGAAGCAGUAAUGGUCAAGUCCAGGUGAGUUAAGAAGAAACAGUGUUUGUAUAUGUAAUAAAAACAAAAAAAAUAUGACAUGCUUAAGUUGUUUUAGUUAAUACAUAGCAAAUGCAGGCAAGAUCAAGGAAAUCCUGUGUUGUGAUUGGCUAUCCAAGCUGGAAAGAAGGGUCUAUUCCCAUCCUGCCUGUGCAGGAUUUCCCUUUCUAAUCCUACACAAGAGAAAUUGUAUGGAGUGGAUUUACAAUGGAGUGGCAGAAGAUAGUCCAACAGUUUGUCAAAUGGAAAGCAAGUACAUGCCAUCAUAGCAUUUUUCCCCAGUUCUUGAAAACAAACAAGUCAUUCUUAUUUCUUAUUAAAGCAAAAUCUUUUUGUUAUAUACUAAAUCCUUUAUUUGCCAAGUUUUCUCAGUCAUGAUGGCUGGAUAUUUACACUGCUCUUUUUCACAUUUUUAUGGAUUAAGAGGAAGUUAAGGUUGAUAAAAAGCCAUCUUGCCCUUGCACUUGAUUGAAAUGCAUAUACAUGUAUUGGUAUAUGUAAUUAUUACCCAGUUACUACAAAGUAAGAGUCAAGCUUUUAAGCAUGAUGUGAUUUCUAAAAGGAUUGUCAAGAAUGUUCCUCAAUCUGGAUAGAGGAAUAGAAAGAUCUCUGGUUGACCCCAGCGCUCAUAUGUAUGAUAAUAUGGCAAGCUUUCUACAGUGACUGUAAAAAGCCUGCCACAUUGUGAUACUUAUGGGAGUGUAUUUAAAGAACACAAGACAAACACAACUUUUAAACUAAACAUUUGCAUCUCUGUUUUUUAAUUUGGCUAGAUCUAUUUUUACCAUAAACCCAAAAAGGAAAAGGCUACUGUUGCAGUGGCCUACUGGAGGGCUGUGCUCAAUAGUUGGGGGCACUUUAUUUUUCCAGUUCCAGACAGGAUUUGAUUUUGUUUUCAAAUUGAAGGAUGGCUAAUAUGUGUUCAAAACUACAUAAACUAUGAUCCUGGUAAGCUGAUCCUAUGGUUUUCAUAGCCAAAUGUGGUGUAAAUGCAAUAUUAACUUCUAAAAGGAAUGUUACUUCCUUAAACUAGAUUCUUAGUCAUUUCAUUUCUUAAUCUGGAUAAAGGAAAAGAAAAGUCUUUGGUUGACCCAAGCACUCGUAUGUAUGAAAACAUGGCAAGCUUUUUACAACAACUGUAAAAAGCCUACAUGACACUUUGUGAUACAUAUAGGAGUGACCUCAAGGGAAACAAGAGGAGCAAAAUUUUAAACUGGAACAUUUGGGUCUCUAUUAUUUAAUUUGGCUAAAUUUAUUUUUGAUGUAAACAUUUAAGUUAUUUUUAGUGCCUACAUGUAUUUGCUUAUCUCAAACCUGUGGUCGAAAGGAAGGGUAACUGUCAGAGGGCUUUGCUCAGUAGUUGGGGUUUUAUAAUUUUCCAUACACCCACCUGAAGUACCACUAAUGUGUUGAACACAACAUAAGUUAUGAUACAAAGCUGAUCCUUGGGUUUUUUUAGCCAAACAUGGUGUACACGGUACAUGUAUAUUAGGUAGUGUAAGUAUACAAGCAAGAGUGAUUGACAACAACCAAUAGCAUAAUCCUGUUUUUCCGGUGUUGUCGAUAAAAAUCAGGGUGAAGGUACAUGUAAUGAGAUGUUUAAUUAUUCGAGGGUGGCAGUAAAUUUUUCAAUAUGGAGUGGUAGGAGGAGCACCAAUUAUAAAGGAGAGGCAGUAGAUUUCAAGUUUGAUUAUUCUAAUACCAAGAGUGAAAUUGUCCUUAUUUAAUGAUUUUUUUUUUGUGAGAAGUAGGUUGAACAGGUUCCCAAUUACAACAUCGUCUUCUGAAUUUAACUGAAUGUUAAAUGACCUGAUCUGAUCCUGAAUUUUUUGUGACAGUUUCUUAUAGAUGGUUUUUUGUCGUACUCUGACUGGUACUCUGAUCAGGUUAUCUUGUAGAAUUAAUUUCCAGUGUAGUAAUGAUGAUAGUGAUGAUAUUGAUUUUAAUUGUUGUGUUAAUAAUAGCAUUUACUUUAAUUAUGAUUAUAAAAAUAGUAAUGAUAAAAAUAAUUAAUGAUAACGUUGAAUGAUAACAAUUAUAAAAUCAUGUAACAAUAGUGAUUAUGAUAAUAUCAAUUAAAGUAUCUGUUAUUUGUUUUAGUUAUGGGAUGUAGCACAAGCUAAGUGUGUUCGUGUGAUGGGAGGUCAUGCUGCUAGAGUGGGUUCACUUGCCUGGAACUCAUUUAUCUUGUCAAGGUAAAUGGCUCUUUGAUCAAAGGCUGACUUUGAAUUGUAUUUCCACUAAUGUGUAUAACAGCAAACUUGACCAAUACAGACUCCAGAGUUAUGCUGGUGCAGACUUGUAAGAACCCUUAGGCUAAGGUUCAUAAAUUUUGCUGUUUUGGACACAGCUCUAGGUAGUAGUUGUAUAGUAUUCUCAUGAUGCCAUCCAAGAAUGUAAAAAUAAUGGAAUGUUGAGGAUAAGGAAAGAUUAUUUUUAUUGUUUUUUUCUUUUGAGAUGGGGGAAGGGGGUUGGGGUCAAGGGGCAAGCAAUUUUAAAUGGACUGACAGCAAAUGUUGUCCAGAGGAGUUGCAAUACUAUUACUUGUUUCAUUGUACUCUAGAGCUCAGGUAUUAACUUAAGCAGUCAUAUGAGAAGCUUCAGAUGUAGACUUUACCUUUAACCUUAAGUUGUCUUUAAUCAACUGUUACUCCUAAAUGGAUUGAAGGCUCAUUUUAGGUAUUGCAAUCAAAUAUUAAAGUACUGAUUGAUUACUGCAUACAGUGUUGCUGUUACGUGUAAGUCUGGCACUUGCUCUUCCAACUGCAUGUGCUCAUAAUUCAUAUAAAAGCAAGCCAUAAGAAAAUGGAAUGGGACUUGGCAGUAGCUGUCAAUAACCUUGUUUUGAUACAUUUUUCAGACUUGAAAUUAAUCUGCCUAUGUACAGUGGAAAUGGUUAAUUCAGUAAAAUUUUGGCUGGAUAUGAACUGCUCAGUGUCUUAAAUUUUUUGACAAAAAAGGGAGGCAACAAGAUUGAUGCAAAUAUUUCAAAAGUAAAAAGUGUGACUUAAAAGUGUUUAGGUCAUUUACAAAUUCAAGGUUAGGUUAGAAUGCAAGUUCUCUCAUUGGCUUUACUUAUGAAAUUAUGCAUGUUAUGCUUGAUAAAAGAACAACCAAAGUGAAAGAGAAAAGCAAAAUUGUUGGUCAAACCAUCAAGAAUUCAGGGUCAAAAAGGUCUAACAAUACCCCCUCCUCUGGCUUUUUUAGUGGUUCACGGAGUGGGGCUAUUCAUCAUCAUGAUGUGCGAGUGGCAUCACAUCAUGUAGGGUCCCUUAUAGGCCACAGUCAGGAGGUGUGUGGUAUGCAGUGGAGUCCUGAUGGUAAGCUGUUAGCCAGUGGCGGUAAUGAUAACGUUCUGAAUAUCUGGACACAGAGAGGAGCUUCAGAUGAUGCUGCCACUCCACUUCAUACACUGACGCACCAUCAGGCUGCCGUUAAGGUAAUGUGUCAGCAUGACAGAAAUAUACAAAUGGCUGCUCAUAGUGUGCUGUGUAAGAAAUUUUAAUAUAAUUUAUAUUCAAAAUUAUUCAGGUAUUUAAUUUUGUUGUUUUUAAAUCCAUCAACUUCAGUAGUUAUCUUGCCGUAAUAUCCCACAGCUGGUGAAUUUUGUCAGCUUCCUUUGAAAAGAGCUAAGAAUUUUAACUAUGGCCAUAAAACCAAAACCACAGCGAAAGAGGGUAAGUUUUCAAAGGAACUGUGUUGCUGCAUGGGUGGGGGAGUGAAACAAAAUCAUUUGGUUUUAUCCACUUAGUUGAUGAUGUAAGGAGUUUCUAAAGCUGACUUUUCGCGUGUUGGCCCUUCGUCAGAGCGAAUCACCACUCAUUUCAUAAAAUCAAAUUAUCUUGGAAAUCCAAAGUUGGUCCUUUUUUCUAAGUGUGCAUUAAUCUUCAGGCAGUGGCAUGGUGUCCAUGGCAACCGAAUGUCCUGGCUAGUGGUGGUGGAACCGCUGACCGUCAUAUCAGAUUUUGGAAUGCAAACACAGGGUCUUGCCUUAGCAGUGUGGAUACAAAUAGUCAGGCAUGUUUUGAUAAAAUACUUGCUAGAAGUAUUAACAGAGAGCGGUUAGUGAUUGGGGCCAAGAAACAUUUAAGCCUUAUCAAGCGCAAAUGGCGUGUAAAGCUCAGUAAGACAUAUUUUCAGUGUUCAGCGCGGUGAACCGUGCCACAGAUGCUAAGCUCCAGCUUAUGGAAAGUGCGGAAAAUCGUACGUAAGGUCCCAAAUGCAGGAGUAGUGAGGGCGCCCAGGCAUGCAGCUGAUGAACCUCAUUGUCAUUGCGAGGCACUUAACCGCUGUCACGCGUGUUUACCACAGAAAAGGGCGGAAAAAAUGCUGACGGUGCCGACAUGCUAAAGGUGGCAAGGCGAAUUGGUCAUUUUAUAAACUAAAAAUAAUGGUCUUGGAUUGGUAAAAUUCUUCAUUAAUUAUGGUUCUAAAGGCGAAUUAAUUUUCGUCAUGUUGUUUGAAAUCGAAUCAUACAACAACAAAAUUAAAUCAAGAAUGGUUUAUCACAAUCAAAGUCACACUCUGUCAAAUUCUACUUGUUUGGUUUUCUUUUGUUCGUGAUUGCUUCGAUUUUGCUGUGACUCUUAUAUCUGUGUAAUGUAGGUUUGCGCGCUGAUAUGGUCCAAGGAGUACAAAGAGUUAGUCUCUGGUCACGGUUUUUCCCAAAACCAGCUAACUAUCUGGAAAUACCCAGCCAUGUCACGCGUCAUGGAAUUAACUGGACACAUGUCGCGCAUUCUUCACAUGACCAUGUCACCAGAUGGACAGUUUGUGGCGUCGGCUGCCGCAGAUGAGACCCUGCGGCUGUGGAAAUGUUUUGCCAGUCAGCAGAAAUCUAAAAAGACUUCAAGCAAAGGACUGAGAAGCGAAGGAAAGGGUUUGAUGUCGUGUAUGAAGGUUCGAUAGAGCAGGGAGCGAACUAAGAAUGUUAUGUAAAGGCGGACGUCUAUCAUGAUUAUGUAAAUAACAAAAGAUUCAAAGAUCUCGUUUUAAUGAUACUAAGAUAUGUAUGAAUAGCUUAUACCGAAACUUUGUCUAGUGUUAAUUCUAGCAGCUCCUCUCUCGUGACGUAUAGAUGCUCUCGGCCCUAGCUUAGAUAAAUGACCUAAAUCUGAAAUAAGGUUAUUCUUUAUCACUAGCAUACAUUUCCUUUUAUGCCUUAUUCUUUUAGCUGAUUACCCCAUUUAGUCCGGUGACAGUACAUUUAACAAUGUACAGGCGGAGGUGAAAGAAAUUCAACUUCUACUUCCCUCAGUGUCUCUCCAAACUUAGCGUAACCUGCUAUUACUAAAUGAUAUGUGUUUGCGGACACUGCUUUUAGCAAACGUUCCUUUUUCAGACUAUUGCAUUUUCUGAAAGACCCC